UCAAUCUCAAACAACCAAUAUUCUAGUACCUUAAAGUCAAGGCCCUCGUGCUCUCUCUCCUUGUUGAUUUUUUUUUUUUCAUUUGGUUAUUAAUAUGAAAAGUUUAGCGAAUGGUGUUAGAGCUAAGACGGCGAGGACCUGUGACAACUGCUUUAAGAAGCGGGCGCAUUGGUUCUGCGCCGCGGACGAGGCUUUUCUUUGCCAGUCAUGCGACACUUCGGUCCACUCAGCGAAUCUUCUCGCUCGCCGGCACGAGAGAGUUCGUUUGAAAGAUACCUCUCCUCAGCAAGGAGCUCCAACGUGGCAUCACGGGUUCACUCGUAAACCUAGGACUCCACGUGGAUCUGGCAAGAGGAACAAUUCGUCGACUUUUCAUGAUAUGGUGCCGGAGAUUACUGCGGAGGGUCAGACGGACAGCUCUGAGGUUGAAGGGCCGCUGAUCUGUCAAGUGCCGGUUCUUGAUCCAAUGGUGGUUGAGCCGAAGAUCAAGUUUCCUACGAUGAGAAGUGCUGUAAUGAUCGAUGGUCAUGAGGACGAAGACAAGGAUGAGAGUUGUCUAAAUGGGAUUUUCCCAACCAACAUGGAGGUUGAGGACUUCGCUGCUGACGUUGAGACACUACUCGGUCACGGGUUAGACAAAGAGUCUUAUACAAUGGAGGAACUAGGAUUAUCUAAUACAGAAAUGUUAAAAAAAGACGAGAUAGAGGACAAAGAAACAAAAGCCAUGAACAUGGACAUAGAAAUAUGCGAUGAUGAUCAGGGCAACCGGGAUGGAACGAUGCCGUUUGAUCUGAACUAUCCACAAAACGCAUACGAAGAAGAUGCAAUAAAGAAUGUUGAAAGUAGUGGUGAAUGUGUUCAGGGGAAGGAGGCGGAGAAAAAGAAUGUUCUAAUGUUGAGUUUAGACUACGACCAGGUGAUAUCAACUUGGGGAGGCCAAGGUCCACCGUGGACAUCAGGAGGGCCACCAGAAUUAGACAUAAACAUCAGCGGUUCACCGGUUGUUUCCAAGAGGGACAAUGGAAGAAAAAGUCGUAAGAAGCGUCGCGUUGGUGGAUGUUUACCCUCAAGUGUGGUUGGGGAUGGAGGAAGAGAAGCUAGGGUUUCGAGGUACAGAGAAAAGAAGAAGACGAGAUCGUUUACGAAGACGAUAAGGUACGAGGUACGUAAAUUGAAUGCAGAGAAUAAACCUCGCAUGAAAGGAAGAUUCGUUAAGAGAGCUUCGUUUGCUGCUUCUGCUGGAAAUUCACCAUUAGGUGUGAAUAACUGAUUAUUCUUGUAAUAUCUCAAUUUACCUUUUUUCGGAAAAAAAUAAAAAUUUUAGUGAAUUUUAUUCUUCUGCAACAGAACCCUUUUUGCACUUAGUUGUGCUUUAUUACAAGAAAACCAGUAAUGUGAGUUUCUUGUAUAGCUGAUUUAUAU